AAGUGUGCAACGAAAAACCAGAUCUUUGUCGAAGAAAAUGCGCUACAGUUACAUAAGUUGUGUAUGUCACAUGAUCAUCACUUUAUUUAAGCAUGACUAGAUCGAAACGCAACAUUUUCAGAAAAUCAACGUUAUGGAGGGUCACGGUUUGUGCCUCUUUGUAGUUGUUAUUGUUUUGGUUGGAGUUUCUGUUGGACUACAGAUACCUGGAGGAUGGACUGACGAAAGUGUUGAAAACACAGGGGUUAAGAAUGCAGCAAAAUUCGCAACAAAAGAACUGAGUUCAGGAUUUUCUUCUAUUUACCACCACAAAUUAGUAAAGAUUCAUAAAGCUCGAACACAAGUGGUGAGCGGUGUGAACUACGAAGUACUUAUCGAAAUUGCUACUACUACAUGCAAGAAAAAUGAGGUGCCCUUGGAAGAUGUGGAAAACUGUGAAAUUGCUGUCAAUGAGGAAAAGCAUCUUUGCAAAGCGACUGUCUGGGUUCAAAGAAUGGGUUCCACAUACUGAAUUAACAAAGUCUGAGUGUAGAUACAAGUCGCAGCUUUCCGAGUAAAGUCCUCGCCAAAAGCUGCACUUUUAUUCAUCCAUGGAUUUAAUGGGCAAAACAUUGUAUUUUAUUAUUCUUAUACUUAAUUUUACUAUCAAAAAUUAAAUGAGAUUUUAAUCGCUUUCUUAGUCUAUUUUAUGUAUCCAGCCAGUAAAUUUUUUUUCAUUAAUUCAAAGUCUAGGAAGUUGUAAGUAGUACAUCUUGAAAAACAAAACAAAGAAGAAAUAAAAACUUUCUUUAUUUUGCUCCA